AUGAAAAGAUUUAUUUCAAAUCUCUUGAUUGCAUUAACUUUGGCAAUUUUGGCUCUCACAUUGACUGCUGACAAUGUCAAUGCAGAACAACAAACAAUGUCCUUGUACAUUAAAAAGCACCACAAGAAAAAUCAAAGAAAACUCAGAAAGGUAUUGAAAAAGAACCACAAGAGAAGAAACAAUAGAAAGGUUCACAAGUAUUUGGAUUCCUACAAGCAUAAUAGAAAGGGAGCAGUUGCUCAUGUGUUGGGUAAUAAUGGAAAGAAGAAAAUUAUCAGAAAGAAGAUUGACAUUUAUGGAAAAAAGAAGAGAAGAAAUAAUAAGAGAAAAAUCGACACCUACAAAAAGAAGAAGAACAAUAGAAAGAAUAGAAAGAUGAGAAAGAACAAGAAAAGUGGAAAGAGAAACAAGAAAGUUGAUCUCUACAAACGUAAAUAG